GUAAACACGGUCGGACCGGAAGGAGGCGGAGCCGACCUUUUUCAACAUGGCGUCGUCCGCGGAGGGAACGUGGGAAAGUUUACCUGUUAAACUUCACGAAGGCAUUUUAGAAACGCUCCGUGAGCUCAGGUUCACACACAUGACACCUGUCCAGGCCGCGUGCGUCCCGCUUUUCAUGAGCAACAAGGAUGUGGCCGCAGAGGCGGUGACCGGAAGCGGGAAAACUUUAGCGUUUGUGAUUCCCAUCAUCGAGCUGCUGCUGAAGAGAGAAGAGAAGCUGAAGAAGAUGCAGGUGGGGGCUCUGGUCAUCACCCCCACCAGAGAGCUGGCUCUGCAGAUCAGUGAGGUGAUGGAGACUUUUCUCCGGAGGUUUCCAGAGUUCACGCAGAUCUUACUGGUCGGGGGUUCAAACCCGGCGGAGGACGUGGACCGGCUGAAGGAUCGGGGCGGGAACAUCGUGAUCGCUACGCCCGGCCGUCUGGAGGACAUGUUCAGGAGGAAGUCUGAGGGUCUGGACCUGGCGAGCGCCGUACGGAGUCUGGAUGUUCUGGUUCUGGACGAGGCGGACCGUCUCUUGGACAUGGGCUUUGAGAGCAGCUUGAACACCAUCCUGAGCUUCCUGCCCAAGCAGCGGCGGACCGGCCUGUUCUCCGCCACGCAGACGCAGGAGCUGGAGAAGCUGGUGAGGGCCGGCCUCAGGAACCCCGUCCGGAUCACCGUCAAAGAGAAGGGCCUGGCCGCCGCGGCCCCUGCUCAAAAGACCCCGUCCAGGCUGUCCAACUACUACACGGUCUGCAGGGCUGAUGAGAAGUUCAACCACCUGGUGGCGUUUCUACGGCAACACAAGCACGAGAAGCAGCUGGUCUUCUUCAGCACCUGCGCCUGCGUGGAGUUUUAUGGCCGCGCCCUGGAGCUGCUUGUGCGGAAGGUUCCGGUUUGCUGCAUUCACGGAAAAAUGAAGAACAAACGAAACAGCAUCUUUGCAGACUUCCGCAAACUCAAGAGCGGCAUCCUGGUCUGCACCGACGUCAUGGCCAGAGGCGUCGACAUCCCUGACGUGAACUGGGUGCUGCAGUACGACCCCCCCAGCCGUGCCAGCGCUUUUGUGCAUCGGUGUGGACGAACGGCACGCAUCGGUAACUACGGCAACGCCCUGGUCUUUCUGCUGCCCAUGGAGGAAACCUACGUCAACUUCCUGUCCAUCAACCAGAAGUGCCCCCUCCAGGAAAUGCCCCCCAUCAGUGAUGUGGUGGACGUGCUGCCCAAAGUGAAGGCCAUGGCGCUGGCGGACCGCGCUGCCUUUGAGCGCGGCAUGAAGGCGUUCGUGUCGUACGUUCAGGCCUACGCCAAACACGAGUGCAGCCUCAUCUUCAGGGUCAAAGAUCUGGACUUCGCCGCCUUGGCGCGCGGCUUCGGGCUCCUCCGGCUCCCGAAGAUGCCGGAGCUGAGGGGGAAGACCUUCCCAGAUUUCCCUGAGGCGGCGGUGGACACGGACGCCAUCCCGUACAAGGACAAGAACAGGGAGAAGCAGAGGCAGAAGACGCUGGCAGAGCAGAAGGACCGAGACGGGCCGGCGCCGCCCAAGAAGAACUUCGCCAAGAACAAAGCCUGGUCCAAACAGAAGAGCAAGAAGGAGCGGAGGAAGAGGAGGGCAGUGAAGAGGAAGCACGAAGAGGGCAAUGAUGAUGAGGAGGAGGCGCUGGAGCUCCUGAACGACACGCGCCUCCUGAAGAAGCUGAAGAAAGGCCGGAUCAGUGAGGAAGACUUCGAGCAGCAGCUGACCGACGGGCCGAAGAGCAAACGGGACGCAGAGGCCCCUCUCUGAACCGCUUUAUUGACAUUUAUAGAUAUAAUUUGAUGAGUUCGUCGCUGACGGCGGACGGCGUGAGGACGCCCAGGUCCGUGAACAGGAGGGUGAUGAGGGAGGGGGGCGUGUAGUCGAUGACGGGGUGCUCCUCCGACAGGUUCUGCCUCUUCUUCAGGGUGUCGGCUUUGUACUGCGGAGCAGAAACAGACGUGAGGGCGGGGCUCGCCCAUCCAGGAACGCCGUCAGAGGAGGUCUGACCUUGAACUUGUCCGGGACGUCCUGCUGGUUCAGCGGGUACAGCCGCACAAACUUAAAGCUCUCCGCCACCACGUAGAAGGGCUUGUUGUGAGCUUUGGAGCAGAGCGCCAUCUGAUAGGUCCCGAUCUGAAAGGACAGACGCGCCGAGGUCAUUGAGGGCAAACGUCCCGCCACCACGUCCCGUCUGACUGAAAAGAGUCUCCAUUCUCAAAACUAAACUGGUAUCUGAUAAAACAAUGAUUAAAUCUGCUGUUUUCUAUCAAAAUAAUUUGAAUAAAAAGAUUUUUUAACUGA